GCGCCGUGCGCGUCUCCCCUGAGGCGGGCGGGCGGCCGGGCCGGGCGGAGGCCGCGGCCGAGCCGGGGGCUCGCGUAGAUGUGCAGCCCGGGGGAGGCCCCCCCUGGGCCGGCCCCGGCCGGGGACCUGCCCCCGGAGUGGGAGACGGAUGACGAGCGCAUGGCCUUCCUGUUCUCGGCCUUCAAGCAGAGCCGCGAGGUGAACAGCACCGAGUGGGACAGCAAGAUGGCCUUCUGGGUCGGGCUGGUUCUGGCCCGCGGCCGGCGGCGCGGCGCCGUCAGGACGUGCCUGAGGGAGCUGCAGAACGGCUUCGAGCGGCGCGGCAGCGUCCCCCUGGGGCUCGGCACCGUCCUCAGGGAGCUGCUGAGACGUGGGAAGCUCCAGAGGGAGUCAGACUUCAUGGCCAGUGUGGACAGCAGCUGGAUCUCGUGGGGCGUGGGAGUUUUCAUCCUGAAGCCCCUCAAGUGGACCCUGUCCAGCGUGCUGGGGGACAGCAAAAUCCCCGAGGAAGAGGAGGUUCUGAUCUACGUGGAGCUGCUGCAGGAGAAGGCAGAGGAAGUUUAUCGCCUGUACCAGAGCUCUGCCCUCUCUUCCCACCCCGUGGUCGCCCUGUCCGAGCUGCGCUCCCUCUGCGCCGGCCUCUGCCCCGACGAAAGGACCUUCUACUUGUUGCUGCUCCAGCUGCAGAAGGAGAAGAGGGUCACCAUCCUGGAACAGAACGGAGAGAAGAUUGUGAAGUUUGCCCGAGGCCUGCACGCCAAGGUGUCCCCAAUGAAUGAUGUGGACAUUGGAGUUUAUCAGCUGAUGCAGAGUGAGCAGCUGCUGUCACAGAAGGUGGAGUCCCUUUCCCAGGAAGCAGAGAAGUGUAAAGAGGACGCCAGGAGUGCUUGCAGAGCUGGGAAGAAGCAGCUGGCCCUGAGGUGCCUCAAGUCCAAGCGGAGGACGGAGCGGCGCAUCGAGGAGCUGCACUCCAAGCUGGAUGCGGUGCAGGGAAUCCUGGAUCGGAUCUACGCCUCCCAGACCGACCAGAUGGUGUUCAAUGCCUACCAGGCUGGAGUGGGAGCUCUGAAGCUUUCCAUGAAGGAUGUGACUGUGGAGAGGGCAGAGAACCUGGUGGAUCAGAUCCAAGAGCUUUGUGACACUCAAGAUGAAGUGGCCCAGACUCUGGCUGGAGUGGGGAUCAAUGGUCUGGAGAUGGACUCUGAGGAGCUGGAGAAGGAGCUGGACAGUCUCCUGCAGGACUCGAGCAAGGAUUCCCUGGAUCUGCCUCCCGUGCCCCAGAAGGUGCUGAGUGCCCCCAUCUCUGAUGCCGAGCUGGAGGCUGAGCUGGAGCAGCUCUCUGUGUCUGCUGGAGAUCUGGCACAAAAGACUCCCUCUGCUUCUUCUGAACCCAAAACAGCUCUGGGACUGAAUCUCUGAAGAGCCAACAGAAUCCUGUUGCUGCAGUUUGGGAAGCGUCUCAAUGUUCCUUAACUGAUGACCAGAACUUCCAAGGAGAGGGGGACACCCCCUGUGCUCCUGGAUCUGUCUUUGCUCAGCAGCAGGAGCUCCUGCCGUGACAAUCCACUCUGGACCUGGCCCCAGCUGGUGUUUGUCAUCUCUGUGCCAACAUCUGCUCUCGAUCUGACUCGUGGCCCCCAGUCACUGCCACAUCCAGUCUUCCCUCCUGGGAACACAACUCCAGCCAAGAUAAACUCUUCUGUGUCCAUACCAGUGAUCAGUUUUGGGUUUGAUUUUGAUUUCUCUUCCUUUGCUGUGGCUGAUGUUGAGAAUCUGAGUAGCAGCAGCGUUGCAGUGGCUCAGCAUUUGGCUGUUUGUGUGGUUGUUUAGAACACUUGGCACAUCAGUCCUGCCCUUGCAGCAGCUUGAGCACCUGGUGCUUGUUGUGUCCCUCCCUCUGGAUCCUGCACUGCCAGCCAGGCACUGGAACUGCUCAGUUUGGGGAGAUUUUGGUGCUGCUCAGGGAGGGCGGCAAUGGCAAGCACAGGACAAAAGAAUCCCUCUCUCUGUAAUGACAUUAAGGCCUUAAAAGGGAGACCUGCAAAAGAUUCCCCCAGAGGAGUUUCAGGCUCUUGUGGCCAAGGCUGGGCAUUGCCAUCCAGCCUCUUCCUGCUGGCACUUGAAAUUGGAGCUGGUGGCUAUUUUUGUAGCACCCCUGUAAGCAAAACUCCUUGGGAGCUGCAGGGUGAUGGCUCUGAGCUGCCACGGGGGGAUUUGGGGUGGGAAAUGAAGGGAUCCCUUGGGAGAGCACAGCUCCAUGGAACAGCCUUGGCUUUGCCCUCAGCCCUGGCCCUGCACUCCCACAGGAUUGUGUGUCCCCAGAAAGCCCCAAACCAGCCCCUGUGGAUGUUUUUGAUGCACAAAACCCUGAGCACCAGAGCUGCAGCUGCUCCAGGGCUGCCUCUCCCCCCACAGCUGAGCCCACCCCUCAUCUUUUGCAGGUCACUUUUUACCCUCGCGUGCACACGGAAGCGUGGGAAGCCCAAAUCCCUGAAAAACAGAGCUCCAGGAGGGGAACGUGCCCUUCCCUGGCAUUCCUGAGCGUGGCAGGGGAGUGCCUGGCUGCCUGUGGAUGGAUCACCAGCCCUGUGCCCCUCUUCUGACUGGGAAUGUGUUCCAGCAGCACUGGGAAUGUAUUCCCACAGCACUGGGAAUGUGUCCCAACAGCAGUGGGAAUGUAUCCCAGUACCAGUGGGAAUUUAUUCCAGUACCAGUGGGAAUGUGCUCCCACAGCACUGGGAAUUUAUUCCAGCAUCACUGGGAAUGUAUUCCCACAGCACUGGGAAUGUGUUUCAGUACCACUGGGAAUGUGUUCCAGCAGCACUGGGAAUGUUUUCUCACAGCACUGGGAAUGUAUCCCAACACUUCCACGCUGCCUCUCCAACCCCAUUCCUCAGUGGCAGCCUGGGACAAUGGCAAUGAGCUGGAGUUUCCCCUCCUGGUGCUCAUUCCGUGCCCGCUCAGCCCCAGCCCAGGGCCAGGGGUGGCACUGGGGGUGUCCCCAGGGGCUGUGUCCCCUCUGUCACCGCUCACCAGUGCAGGCUCUGCCAGGGGAGGGGGAGGCUGCACUCACUUCCCCCAUGGAAUGAUGUACAAUGACUUGAAGCUCUGUAUUCCUUUCCUCUGGAAGUAAAUGGGAGAAAAACC